ACAGCCGAGGCGGCGGGCAGCCCGGGUUAUCUGAGCCGCUCGGUCUUGGGUGACUGCGCCCAGAUCUCGAGGCGGCGGCGGCAAAGGCGAGACGCGCUGGCGGGCCGCGGAGGAGCCGAGAAGCGAAACCCAGGCCCAGAAGGCAGAGGUGGGGAGUAAAGCAUGGAACAGCUCGCGGGCCGGGCAGUCCUGAAGUUGAGUUUGAGAGGCGACACGGCGGCGGCGGCCGCGCUGCUCCCGCUCCUCUGUCUCCCCAUGGAUAUGCACUGCAAAGCAGACCCCUUCUCCGCGAUGCACCCAGGGCACGGGGGUGUGAACCAGCUUGGGGGGGUGUUUGUGAAUGGCAGGCCCCUGCCCGACGUGGUGAGGCAGCGCAUCGUGGAGCUGGCCCACCAGGGUGUGCGGCCCUGCGACAUCUCCCGGCAGCUGCGGGUCAGCCACGGCUGUGUCAGCAAAAUCCUGGGCAGGUACUACGAGACCGGCAGCAUCAAGCCCGGAGUGAUCGGCGGCUCCAAGCCCAAAGUGGCAACACCCAAAGUUGUGGACAAGAUUGCUGAAUACAAGCGACAGAAUCCGACUAUGUUCGCCUGGGAGAUCCGGGACCGGCUCCUGGCGGAGGGCAUCUGUGACAACGACACAGUGCCCAGCGUCUCUUCCAUCAACAGGAUCAUCCGGACCAAAGUUCAGCAGCCUUUCCACCCAACGCCGGAUGGAGCCGGGACCGGAGUGACUGCCCCUGGCCACACCAUCGUUCCCAGUACGGCCUCCCCUCCUGUUUCCAGCACCUCCAAUGAUCCAGUGGGAUCCUACUCCAUCAAUGGGAUCCUGGGGAUCCCUCGCUCCAAUGGCGAGAAGAGGAAACGUGAUGAAGUCGAGGUAUACACUGAUCCUGCCCACAUUAGAGGAGGUGGAGGUUUGCAUCUGGUCUGGACUUUAAGAGGGGUCACAACCACCAUGCUGGCAGCACGUUGGCCGUGGGUGCCCAUGACCCACUUUUCUACAGAUGUGUCUGAGGGCUCAGUCCCCAAUGGAGAUUCCCAGAGUGGCGUGGACAGUUUGCGGAAGCACUUGCGAGCCGACACCUUCACCCAGCAGCAGCUGGAAGCUUUGGAUCGGGUCUUUGAGCGUCCUUCCUACCCUGACGUCUUCCAGGCAUCAGAGCACAUCAAAUCAGAGCAGGGGAACGAGUACUCCCUCCCAGCCCUGACCCCUGGGCUUGAUGAAGUCAAGUCGAGUCUAUCUGCAUCCACCAACCCGGAGCUGGGCAGCAACGUGUCGGGCACGCAGACAUACCCGGUUGUGACCGGUCGUGACAUGGCGAGCACCACUCUGCCUGGUUACCCCCCUCACGUGCCCCCCACUGGCCAGGGAAGCUACCCCACCUCCACCCUGGCAGGAAUGGUGCCUGGGAGCGAGUUCUCCGGCAACCCGUACAGCCAUCCCCAGUACACGGCCUACAACGAGGCUUGGAGAUUCAGCAACCCCGCCUUACUAAGUUCCCCUUAUUAUUAUAGUGCCGCCCCCCGGGGCUCCGCCCCUGCCGCUGCUGCCGCUGCCUAUGACCGCCACUAGUUACCGCGGGGACCACAUCAAGCUUCAGGCCGACAGCUUUGGCCUCCACAUCGUCCCCGUCUGACCGCCCACCCCGGAGGGAGGGAGGAUCGACGCGACAAGAAGCCUCCCGGCCACCGCCCCAGACCCACCCCAUCCCAGGACCCCUACAGUCCUUCACUUCACCCCGUCGAAGGCCGGACAGGACGGGUGGAGCCGCGGGCGGGACCCUCAGGCCCGGGCCCGGCGCCCCCAAUCCCGCCCGCCGCCCCUCCCCGCCUGCCUGGACUGCGCGGCGUCGCGAGGAGGGCCCGACCCAGCUCAUCCCCGCCUCGCCCGAGCCGACCCGGGAGCCGACCAGCCACACCGCCGGACUCUGGUCGGGCCCGCCGCUGCGCGGGGGACACGUUUCUGUGACACACAAUCAGCGCGGACUGCAGCGCGGCCCAGCCCCGGAGCAGCCCGCCUCGGACGCUCCGGCGCCGGGAGGCUUCGCUGGGCAAAGGAAAUUAAGAACAAAACGAUGUUCUGCAGAAGGGGGAAGAGCCUCCUGCCAAGCCCUCGGGAAAGAGUCCGCACCCCGGCGCCAAUCGGACUGCCCCCACCUGUGCCCUGCCCAGAAGGUGGAAUGGAAUGGGGGCGUGAGGGCCCGGCUCUAGGGACAGGGGCGGGGGGGGCGGGGUUGUCAGGUGUUUCCAAGGUUGUGACCCAAGGCACGCAGGCCCCAGCAGCCCGCACCCAAGGAGCCCGACUCUUGGCUCUCCCCUACUCCACCUGAACUGCCCAGUUCCCCAGGGCCCAGGCAUCUCCUACUAGUGACCAGACUCUCAGCCCCGCCUUGCCCCUACCUCAGCGUCUCUUCCAUCUGCCGACCUCGCACUUCCCCCUCCUGCCCGUCCUUUUCCCAGCCCACGAUGCUCUGCUUCUCUCCUCCCUAACUCGCUGUCCCGCCGGAGGCUCUUCCGUGCCUGCCUCAGGACCAGUUCCCGCAGGCCGCGGCACUGGUCUUCCCCGAGCGGUUGCUUGAUGCUCCCCCACUCCCCCGACACAGACUCUCAAUCUGCAGGUGGUGGGAGCAGGGUCUGAGCUGGCGUGUGAGCUGCGCGGGGUGGAAGGUGGGGGGCUGCCCACUCCACCCCCUCCCACCCACCUCCAGCCUCCUCCUCUGGCAGAAAAUGAACAGGGCCGCAAAAAGUCUACAUUUAUUUAAUAUGAUGAUCUUUGCAAAAGAGGAAAACGAAAACAAAACCCCAACAGGCUGCUGCUUUGUAGAAAGACGGUGUGUGUCGUGUGAAGGCGAACCCCUGUGUAUAUAACCCCGCCCCGUCCGUCCCACCCUGCCCCGCCCCGCCGGGUAGAGUCCCAGUUGCCCGCCCGUCCUGCCUGUAGAUACGCCCCCUUGUCUGUGCUGUGAGAGUCGCCGCUCGCUGGGGGGGAGGGGGGGACACAGCUACACGCCCACUAAAGCACAGCACGUCGUGGGGGAGGGGGGCUUUUUUUUUUCUGUUACAAAAAAUUACGAAAGAAAAGAAAUCUCUAUGCAAAAUGACGAACAUGGUCCUGUGGACUCCUCUCGCCUCCGUUUUGUUGGCUAUUUCUCUGUAAUUCCCUGUUUUCGCUCUCUCCUCCUCAUCUCUCUCUUCUGCAUCUCUCCCCUCUCCAUCUCUCUUCUCUGCUUCCCUCUCCCUGUCUCUGUCUCUCUCAGUCUUCGUCUCUCUUGUCUCUCUCUCUCCCUUGGCCUCUUUCCCCAGCCCUGCCCUGGCUGCCUUGCCCCCUGAGACUAGAUCAGAGGUGGCAGCUCCAGCCCCCAGGCUCGCCCCUCGCGGCCGUGCCCCGCGCACCCUGGGUCGCCGGCGGCCGGGCCUCCCUGCCCCGUAGUUGCUCUCUCGGUAGCGGCGAUGCGCCCUGCAUGUCUCCUCACCCGUGGAUCGUGACGACUCGAAAUAACAGAAACAAAGUCAAUAAAAGUGAAAAAAUAAUAAAUAAAUAAAAAUCCUUGAACAAAUCCGAAAAGGCUUGGAGUCCUCGCCCAGAUCUCUCUCCCCUUCGAGCCUUUUUAUUUGAAAAGGAAAACGAGAGAAGAGAAUAGUUAAGGGAACUGCCGGUGCCCAGCCAGGCUCCAGUGGCCCGAGCCGGGCAGCGAGGGAGCCGAGGUUCAAACUCCGAGGCCCGUCCCAUUCCAGUCCCUGUGGGGCUGGUGCGACAGGGGACCCAGACCCAGGACCCAGCCGAACCCUCGAAAGAUCCCCCGAUGGCUCUGGUCUACUUGGCCACUUUCAGCGCGUCGGUUCGUUUUGAUUCUUUUCCUUUUUUUUUUUU